GCGUUGAGGCGGCAACCAGCCUGGGCCGCUAGUCGUCACAACUUCGACUCGAGUGCCAACGCACCGUGCAGCUGCUGGCCAUAACUGAGCAAAAGGAAGAUGGGACGAUGCCCUGGUUGAUGUUGCAUACAAUAAUAAAGGCGCGAGGUACCUCGCAGAAGCUCGUCGCUUCAGAUUGAACGUGUUACCAUGUUACGACCUGCAUUCAUGACGAAUUUCUUCACACUGUGGUGUCUCCAACUCACGCUUUUUUCAUUGACAGCAGAAGCAUGGCCGAGGCGACCACCAAGGCCACCUGUGUGCAUUGUUGGAGCUGGACCAGCGGGUUUGACAGCAGCAAGUAAACUGGAAGCGAGAGGAAUCAAAGCCGUUAUAUUCGACAAGCAGCCGGAACUCGGCGGCAAAUGCCAGUCCUAUUACGACGAACAAGGAAUUUUCCACCCCAUGGGCGCAGCCUUCUACUCUAAUGGAACGUACACCGAAACGCUGAAAGUCCUCAAUACCGCCGGUGUUCCUUCGGAAGAGUUCCGCUUGGCUGGAGAUAGAGAGCAGUUCCGGUUCAACUAUACGACCGGUGAAAUUGAGCCUGUUCCUCCGCUAGACCUGGCAUUCGUGGCACAGAUGGCAGGAGAGAUUCCGCGAUAUAUUCAGACAUGGUACAAAGUGUUUGCACCAUUGAGUGCACCUGGUUAUAAGAAAGGCGUUCCCGACGAGCUCAGCGUGCCCGGCGUACAGUGGUUCAAAGCCAAUAACUUUACAGCGCUCCCACGAUUGCUUGUUAAUCCACUGGCAUUGUAUGGCUACGGAGAUGUAAACGUAGUCCCAGCUUUGUACGUACUCCAGUACAUGACACCUGACAUCCUUACUGGCUUCAUCGGACAGCACCACGUGUAUUACACAGAUUUCCACAAGGUGUGGGUGGAAUGGUCGAAGAAGAAGCUCUGCAAGACACCUAUCAAACUGGGCCACGAGAUUCGUUGCAUCGACCGCACUGGCAAAUACCCGGUCCUGAAGUAUACGAAGCCUCACGGAAACUUUUACAAGUGGGGUACACAAGAGUGCGCUGCUCUGAUCAUGGCAUUUCCGCCAACGGUCGACAACCUUGAACGGGCCGGGCUUGAUCUGACUGAGGAAGAACACGACGUAUUCAAGGACGUUGCCAUACAUAAUUACUUCUCAUCAGCGGUCGAGCUAGCCCUACCCUUUGGCGUCUCCUACAUCGCCAAAGCCGAAAACGCAUCCGUGCCGCCUCCAAACGAAGGCGAACCCGUAGCUGUCCUCCGCCUCUCGGAACGCAGCAACGUCUCCGUAGCCUGGUCCUGGGGCCCGGACAACGAGUACGUGCCGGAGAAACCCACACGAAGUCUACUCCAAACGACUUUAUCAAGAAUCAACAAAGACCCUCGAGACAUAAGCGCGCAAGCCGAACCCCUCUGUCCUGCGGACAUCCGCGCAUUCCGGAAGUGGGAUUAUUUCCCGCAUUUCGGCACCGAGGCCCUUCGCAAUGAUGCAUACGCCAGGUUGCAUAAGCUGCAGGGCUGCAGCAAGACCUUCUGGGCCAGUGGUCUCCAGGGUAUGGAGACUGUGGAGUGGGCGAUUCGCGCUGGGCAGGACGUCGUCGACUCGUACCUGUUUAAACAGGGCAAGUUUGCUCCGUGAGGUGACAGCGUGAAAUUUCGGGGCAAAAAGGAAAAAGCAUUUGUAGACGUACAUAUCUGAAAAAGGAGGAUAUCUGAUUUCUUCGGUUGGCCCGGUC